GGGCUCAUGGCAGGUGGGAACCAGACCAGUAUCUUCAAGUUCCUACUCUGGGGACUAUCAGAGCAGCCAGAGCAGCAGCACAUCCUCUUCCUGCUGUUCCUGUGGAUGUACGUGCUCAUUGUGACUGGGAACCUGCUCAUUGUCCUGGCCAUUGGCACUGACAGGCAUCUCCACACACCCAUGUACUUCUUCCUCACCAGCCUGUCCUGUGCAGACAUCCUGUUCACUUCCACCACUGUUCCCAAGGCCCUGGUGAACCUCCAGACCCAGAGCAGGUCCAUUUCCUAUGCAGGAUGCCUGACUCAGCUCUACUUCUUCCUGACUUUUGGGGACAUGGACAUCUUUCUCCUGGCAACAAUGGCCUAUGACCGCUAUGUAGCCAUCUGUCACCCUCUCCACUACAUGGUGGUCAUGAGCCCCCAGUGCUGCAUCCUCAUGGUCACUGCCUGCUGGACACUUACGAAUCUUGUUGCCAUGACCCACACCCUCCUCAUUUUCCAUCUUUCCUUCUGCUCAGAGAAAAUCAUUCCUGACUUCUUCUGUGAUCUGGGCCCCCUGAUGAAGGUGUCCUGCUCUGACACCAAGGUCAAUGAGCUUGUCCUCCUCUUUGUGGGGGGAGCAGUUAUUUUAAUCCCCUUUAUGCUCAUCUUGGUGUCUUAUAUUCACAUUGUUUCAGCCAUCCUCCAAGUCCCCUCUGCACAGGGAAGGCGAAAGGCCUUUUCUACCUGUGGUUCCCACAUCACUGUUGUUUCCUUGUUCUUUGGAACAGUGAUCAGGGCUUAUCUGUGCCCCUCAUCAUCUUCCUCCAGCUCAUUAGAGAAGGACACAGCAGCUGCUGUCAUGUACACAGUAGUGACACCCCUGCUUAACCCCUUCAUUUACAGCCUACGGAACAAGGACAUGCAGAAUGCACUGGGGAGACUUCUCAGGGGCAAAGUCUCCUUCUUGAGGGGCCACUGA